CAGGCAAUAAUACAAUUUAGAAUAGUAGUAAACACUCUCUCUUUUCCCUCUUUUCCCGUUCGGCAGUAACUCUAGCGCCAACCCAACGUUGGUAGCUUAGGGUUUACCAGCUUCUUCCUAACAGCUCCUAUCAAUUGGUGCUCUCGUUGACGUUCUCAUGACGACGCCUACCCCGGAUUCUACAGCGACACCACCCCUGACCUUGGACGAUCUUAUGAAAGCCAUCAACAACUUGAGCACUGAGUUGCAGGCCACGAAGUUGCAGGUCUCGACCUUGACGGCCUCUGGUUCGCACGCGGAGCCUCGUUGGAAUAAACCUCCACCGACGGGUUGGCGCCCCCCUCCUGUGCGUGCUCCUGGCCCCAGCCCUCACAACAACGCCAUUCCCAGAAUACGGGUUGAGGCUCCACGUUUCAAUGGUGACGACCCGGCGGGAUGGAUUUUCCGGAUCCACAAUUACUUCAAUUAUUUUCAAACACCGGAGUGUGAACGUUUGCAGCUGGUCGCGAUGUUGAUAGACUAUCCGGCAUCGGAUUGGUUUCGUUAUUACCAAACCAAUACAUGUGGCACGAGUUGGGAGGCGUUUCUCAUUGCCGUGCGUCAACGCUUCGACCUCGAUUAUUAUGAAAACUAUAUUGGAUCUUUAUCUAAACUACAGCAAUCUACGACAGUGCUUGAUUAUCAAACUGCUUUUGAAUCCAUACUUAACAAAAUAUCCGGCGUCCCUGAACAAACCCUCAUCGCUAUGUACGUUUCUGGCCUACGCCAACCCGUACAACGUGAGGUUAAUUUGCGCAACCCUCGCACACUCCAGGAAGCUUUUGGUUUGGCUCGGGAAUUGUCCGCCUGCCAUAACGAGUCCAGCUCGUUCCGGCGUCCUUGGUCUGGCCGGCAGCCCGUUCAUUCCACCUCCAGCACACCAACUGCUAGCCCUGCCAGCGCUACUGUCCCGGGGGUUUCCUCUACUGGCAAAUCGUCGACCCCUUCGGCUGCCCAGCAUCGUGAAGGAGUGCAAUGGCUGCAAACUUUGGGCAAGGUUUCUCACGACUACGCCAAUAUGACGAUGGAAUUCGCUUGGAAUGAUCACCCCCCACCACCUGCAGCGGGAGACGAGGUCAGUUUUCCGGAGAAUAUACCACUGCCAGUCAGGGCCGUAUUGGACUCCUACUCGUCCGUGUUUCACCUACCACAGGAGUUGCCCUCGCAGGGCCAUCCUCUGGCAUUUUUCAGCAAAAAGCUUGGUCCGCGGCGGCGUGCGGCAUCCACAUACCACAAGGAACUCUACGCCAUUGUUGAAUCUGUGCACAAGUGGCGACAAUACCUCCUUGGCCAUGAGUUCGUGAUCCGCAGUGACCAAAAGAGCCUAAAAGAUCUCCUCUGUCAGGUCAUUCAAACCCCAGAUCAACAAUUCUACAUCCGGAAGUUGAUGGGGUUCAAAUUCCGCAUUGAAUACAAACCCGGUGCUUCUAACAAAGUUGCAGAUGCUCUCUCACGUCGCGACGUUAUGGACGGCCAGACUUCAGACGAACCGGCUGCAGUAUUCUUGGCCUUUGCACAGCCGAUCCCCACACUUUUGCAGGACAUUCGCCGUGAUAAUGCAUUACUGGAGGAUUCAUGCGUCCCAUGUCAGGCAACCAAAUAUUCAACGCAACGGCCCGCUGGCUUAUUACAGCCCCUUCCCAUCCCCACGGUUGUGUGGGACUCCGUCUCCAUGGAUUUCAUCACUGGAUUGCCGCCGUCCCGGGGGAUCACGGUGAUUAUGGUGGUCGUCGAUAGGCUCUCUAAAUAUACUCACUUCGGGUUGUUACCGACCGGCUUUGACGCCCCACGCGUAGCGCACCUCUUCCUUGACACCGUCGUGAAACACCAUGGGUUCCCUUCGACGAUCAUUUCGGAUCGAGAUUCGGUGUUUAUGAGUUCCUUUUGGCGUGAAUUGAUGAAAUUGAGUGGAACGACACUGAAAUUUAGCACGGCUUACCACCCCCAAACCGAGGUCAUGAAUCGCGAACUUGAGCAAUAUCUUCGGGCUUUCAUUUUCGAGCGACCGCACAAAUGGGCCACUUUUCUUCCGUGGGCAGAGCUAGCUCUCAAUUGCAGUCACCAUGACGGACUUAACAUGUCGCCAUACCGGGCUUUAUAUGGGCGCACACCCCCUCACCUUUUUCCAACCCUCGCUGUCCGUGCUAAAGUGGCCACCGUCGAGGAAAUGUUGCGCGACCGGGCUGCGGUGCUAGAGGACCUACGGCACAAUCUGGCUAAAAUGCAACAACGCAUGCGUGAGCGGGCGAAUCUCCACCGCCGGGAUGUUAGUUUCCAUGUCGGGGACUACGUACUCCUCAAAUUGCAGCAACACUGGCAGCACUCCUUGGCCAGGCCACGCCCUUCUAAGCUUGCUCGACGCUAUUACGGCCCAUUCGAGGUGCUUGAACGUAUUGGGCCCGUGGCGUACAGACUUCGGCUUCCGGAGGGGUGCAAGAUCCACGACGUCUUUCACGUCUCUUUACUACGGCCCUUUGUGUCCGGUGGCCAGCCACUGCCCGAGCCAUCUCUUCCAGAUGAUAUCACACGUGGACAGGUCAUGGCCAUUCCCGUGUCUGCCGGCCCACGACGCACGGUGCUGAUUGACGGACAGCCGCAGGAGCAGUGCCUAGUUCGGUGGUCAGAUGAUGGAGGCAUCGACCCAUCCUGGGAACCAGUGGACAGUCUUCGUCGUAAUUAUCCGACACUCGACCUUGAGGACAAGGUCGUUCUCAACCCCGGGGGAGUUGAUAUGGGUCCAUUGCACGUAGAGGGCCAUGCAAGUGACACGGGCCCAACGCACACCGACGACCGGUCAGAUGGCGAACAAGACGGCCCAAAAGAACAGCACAGGGGCACGGCGACGGUGACCGGGACAGCGACUCCCACCGGCGACCCAAAGCUCGUGACCACGGCGGCCUAGGGAUUUGGCAGCGAGGCGAGCAGAUCCGACGAUGACAACCGGCGGAGAUUGGAGCUCCGGCGUGGACAGUGACGAGGGGCAACGAUCUAGGCCGGCGAUGUCUCAAUCGGCGAGAGACGAAGUCCAGCGCUGGCGACCCCAAUGUCUCCGGUGGACGACGAGAGGACGCCGGUAGACCAGCAAGUCCAGCGCCGGCUAACGAUUCUGACUCCGGCGGGGCUGUUCUCUGUUCCGGCGAACGACCCUAGCAGCUCCGGCGACCCCCCCCCCUCUGUGUUCCAGCCAUUCCGGGCAGCGGGGGCAAUUUGGGCAGCCGUAUCGGUUCAGGCAACGGGAUGAAUAUAUCCCGAUGAUGAAUUCUAAUCGACGAAUCGAGGUAAUCAUGGAGGGGUUGACCUUGAAGUACAUCCCAGAGCGCAGCGUGACGGAGGAGAUGUACGGAUGCAGUGAUUAAAGAAUGUUUGAUUUAAUUACAAGGCUUCCGCACUAUUUGUAUAAACUCUGAUAUGUAAAUUAAAUGGUUUGAAUUGUU